AAGAAGAACAAAGGCGAACUAAAUGGGAAAACCUGGAACGAGAAAGAAAAGCCCAAGAAUUAGCCAAAAAGCAAGCCCGAAUUCAAGCCGAAAUUCAAACUAACCAAACUCGAACCCAAAAGGUAGAAAAGGAAUUAGACCAACUUAGAGCCGAAAUCCGCCAAAAAGAUUUUUCCCAGCAAAAAACUGAGGAUAAAUUAACUAAAUUAAUUAAGUAUACUCAAUUCAAAGAAGAAAGACAAAACUUGCUGGGAUUACCUUUAAAACCCGGUAGUUAUUUGGAAAGAAAAUAUCCUCAUCCUAAGGAUUUAUUUGAACACACUGAUUUUCAAGUUUGUGAUGAAAGUAUUGAACACGAUAUUGGUCAAGCCGUCUGGGAAAAAUUCUUUCUACAAGAGAAAUAUAAAGAAAUCAGUAUCGUCGAUGUUUCUCUUCGUGACAAACUAAUCACCAAGUUAGAAAAGAACCAACUCUUAUACGGAGAAAUUUCCACCGCCUUAGCCGGUUCUUAUUGCUCGAUUGCUAAUCCGAGCCCAGAAGAAAAGGAAACUAAACCAGAAACACCAGAACAAAAAGAACCAGUAUUAGAUAAAGAAACCAACCCAGAAAUUUCUCAACCAGAACCUUUAUCCAAAGUGCCAGAAAGUCCCGAGGAAAACCAGAGUUUUUUUAAUCAGGAAAAUGCUGAAAGCGAAGAAAUUCCACCUCAACCCGAACCCUUACCUAAAAUAACUGAAAAGCCAGAGAAAAACCGACAGGAAAAUACUAAGGGCGAAGAAACUAAACCAAAACCACCUUUAUCAUUAGAACUAGAAUAUGAUCGGGUGAUUGCCUCCAUUAAAGCGGGAACUAUUCGUGGUGAAGCGAUUAAUCUUCCUCUUAGAUCGACAACCGAAAGAAAAAUAACUAUUCGGGAAAGAGAUUUUUACUUGUGUCGGGUGGCCGAUUGCUCUUUUAAUACUAUUCCUAGCACUUGCUUUCACGGCUUUCCCACUCAUUGUCCUAAGAAAGAUUGUGUUUUUUCGCAAAGAGAAAUUGUCCAAUAUCCUAAUUAUUGUUCUCGGCACGAAUGCAGCAGUUUUGUUUGUUCCGAGUUAGUUCUGGCUUACGAAGAUGGUUUGGCUAAAUAUUGUGGGAAAUGUUUACCUUCGAAAGUAAUAGAAGUUAAAGAACCGAAAGAAAUCAAGCCCGAAGAGGAAAAUGAAGAGGAAACGAAACUCAAAAUAAUUCGACCAACUCCCAAUUAUCAGAAAGUAAAAGAAAUCCUAGACGCCCAAGAAUGA